UUAUGUACUUUAAAAGGUGGGGUUUUGGGUUUAGGGCUGCAGUAACUAUAGGAUGAAGAUCUGAGAAGAACAGUUGCUAAAACCCUCAAAACUGGAAGAGAAAAUCACAAAAGGAGGAGGAGAAGAUGGAGUUGCAGUUAGCUUGUCGAGGGCUUCAACCACCAAGAAUCAGAUUGUCUUCCAAUCAAGCUUGUUUGAUUGGUGGUUUGAAGAGAACAUGUAAGAACUCUUCAUGGCGGAGCUUGGAGAGUGGAGUUUCUGUUUAUGCUUCUGAGUCAAAUUCUGGGGCAAAGUUGACUUUGUCAGGAAGGGACACAACUGCAUUGCGUGCGAGUGGGGUUGAUGGAGUCGAACCUUUUCGGGGUAAAUCGGGCUCUGUCUCGUUUUAUGGAUUGACUCAUCAGUUGGUUGAAGAAGGUAAAUUGGUUUCGGCCCCUUUCAAGGAACGUAGUGGCUCGUUUCUUUGGGUUCUGGCUCCAAUUGCGAUGAUUUCGUCAUUGGUGCUUCCACAGUUCUUCCUCAGCACAUCAAUAGAUGCUUUCCUCAAGGAUGAGAUUCUCUCAGAAAUUGUAGCAUCUUUUUCUUCUGAGGCCAGUUUUUAUAUUGGGCUGGCAACAUUUCUGCUUGUAACCAACCGUGUUCAGAGCCCAUAUCUGCAAUUUAGCCCAAAGAGGUGGAGCCUUAUCACAGGACUCAAAGGAUACAUAGCGUCUGCCUUUUUCACCAUGGGAUUAAAAGUUUUUGUCCCGAUAUUUGCUGUCUAUGUCACCUGGCCAGUACUCGGCUUGGCAGCAUUGGUUGCAGUAGCUCCCUUUCUUGCUGGGUGCCUGGCACAAUUUGUGUUUGAGACGGUUGCGGACAAGCGUGGCUCAUCUUGUUGGCCUCUAGUUCCUAUAAUUUUUGAGGUUUACAGACUCUAUCAGCUGACGAAAGCUGCCUACUUCAUUGAGAAGUUAAUGUUUACGAUGAAGGGGCUUCCCGUAACUCCAGAGGUGAUGGAAAGAAGCGGUGCCAUGGUUGCUAUGCUAGUGACGUUCCAGGUGCUUGGUGUCAUUUGCCUCUGGUCCUUGAUAACCUUUCUUCUAAGACUAUUUCCUUCCCGACCCGUAGCAGAGAAGUACUGAUUUUUUUUUUGUUUUUUGGGAUGUAAAAUGCAAAUAUAGAGAGAGAGAGAGAGAGAGGGGGGGGGGGGGGGGGGGG